CUGUUUGGUGGGGAUCACCCAGAGAUCAGCCCAUAGGUGUCCCUAAUUUGGACAAAGAACCCCCCCCAACUGGACCCAUCUUGGUGUGCCUGCCUGCAUGACCUAUUUUUAAAGCUGCAAACAGCUAGCAUUACCUGUUCUCAACAUCUGGCAUUACCUGCCUGCUUAGUCACCUUCCCUCAGGCUUCAAACAGCUGUAGGGCCCCACCUCCUAUCCAUCUAGGGUCCCUCCCUUCCAUUUUUCUUCCUGAAAGGAUCUGGAGACACCAGCUCUACAAGUCCUGGUGUCUUUAAAAGGAUCAGCUUGAGGAAUAAGGCUCAUUUGAGAGCUGUGACAUUCAUCUGACUCUAGUGAAAGUACAACAGCCACUCCCUUUUUGGCCUCCAGCUGGGCACCAUGAGGGCCUGCAUCCCCCUGGUAUUGGCCGUGCUGUGCAGCCUGGCCUGGGCUGGAAAAAUGGAAUCCUGUGCAUCUCGAUGUAAUGAGAAAUUUAACCGGGACGCUGCCUGCCAGUGUGACCGCCGGUGUCUCCGGCAUGGGAACUGCUGCGAAGACUACGAACAUCUGUGUACUGAGGACCACAAAGAGUCAGAGCCAUUGCCACAGCCGGAGGAAGAAACAGAAGAGGCCCUCGCCAGCAACUUGUACUCGGCACCCACCUCCUGCCAGGGCCGCUGCUACGAAGCCUUCGACAAGCACCACCAAUGUCACUGCAAUGCCCGCUGCCAAGAGUUUGGGAACUGCUGCAAAGAUUUUGAGAGCCUGUGUAGUGACCACGAGGGCUUCUCCCACAGCAGUGAUGCCAUAACCAAAGAGGAGAUUCAGAGCAUUUCUGAGAAGAUCUACAGGGCAGACACCAACAAAGCCCAGAAGGAAGAUAUCAUUCUCAAUAGCCAAAACUGCAUCUCCCCGUCAGAGACCAGAGACCAAAGGGAUCGCUGCCCAAAGCCACUCUUCACUUAUGUCAAUGAGAAGCUGUUCUCCAAGCCCACCUAUGCAGCCUUCAUCAACCUCCUCAACAACUACCAGCGGGCGACAGGUCAUGGGGAGCACUUCAGUGCCCAGGAGCUGGCUGAACAGGAUGCCUUCCUCAGAGAGAUCAUGAAGACGGCAGUCAUGAAGGAGCUCUACAGCUUCCUCCAUCACCAGAAUCGCUAUGGCUCAGAACAAGAGUUCAUCAAUGACUUGAAGAACAUGUGGUUUGGGCUCUAUUCAAGAGGCAAUGAAGAGGGGGACUCGAGUGGCUUUGAACAUGUCUUCUCAGGUGAGGUCAAAAAAGGCAAGGUCACUGGCUUCCAUAACUGGAUCCGCUUCUACCUGGAGGAGAAGGAGGGUCUGGUUGACUAUUACAGUCACGUCUACGAUGGGCCUUGGGAUUCUUACCCGGACGUACUGGCAAUGCAGUUCAACUGGGACGGCUACUAUAAGGAAGUGGGCUCCGCUUUCAUCGGCAGCAGCCCUGAGUUUGAGUUUGCACUCUACUCCCUGUGCUUCAUCGCCAGGCCAGGCAAAGUGUGCCAGUUAAGCCUGGGAGGAUAUCCCUUAGCCGUCCGGACAUAUACCUGGGACAAGUCCACCUACGGGAAUGGCAAGAAGUACAUCGCCACAGCCUACAUAGUGUCUUCCGCGUAAUAGAACUUUGAGCCAGAAAGGGGUAUGAGGGCUCUUGCAAGACUGAAGUGCUAUCUUCUCUGGACUAGAGAGAAGAGGGAGGGGACUGGGAGUGAUCACCAAAUCUCAAAGCAAUGAGAAGCAUUCCUAAAUCCCAAAGUGCCCACAUGGGAAAGAGAUAAAAUGUACAAAUUAGAAAAAUUGGAUAAACAGUCAAACCUUUAUCCUCUAGAAUUUUGGCAAUGUAGACUAAGAAACAGAGUCCAGGCAGAGAAGGUAGGAGCCCUCCAUAGCUCUCUGCCCUGAUGUGUGGGGGAACUAGGAAGAAGUCCUUUGACCUCUUCAGGCCUCAUGCUUCCCUUUAAUGUAAAGGGAAGGGGUUUCCCCACUUCCCUCUUUUUGGGGUUGGUGAAAGGGCAAGCCCUGAUAUUUUUACUGUGAUGGUAUUUUCAAUUGUUCUUAGGAAGAACAGCUGAUAGAAAUUCAAGAUUACUAUAAUGGCUGUUAUUAUACACAGCUCUGUAAACUACAACUCAGCCCUGUGUUGCGAUCCUCAAAGAAGUAAGGCCACAGUAAUCAAGCAAGGGCCUUUGGUUUUUUCCAGCGUUAGAUCCUCUCAGAACAGAGUCUGGGAGAACUCCAAUGCUGAAUGCAGAAGGGUAAUAGGUUGGUGCAGUGAAUGGGCUGAGGGUGGGGUGGCCUUCUCCAGGCCUGAGUGUUUUUGUGUCCAGCUCAGUAUCUGCAUCAAGAAGUUUCCCACUUGUGGAUGUUUAGUGCAGCCACAGGCUUGUAUUUUGAUCCCCAAUGUUUUUUUUGAAAGAGUUCUCCUCAUAGGAGGAAGAUUCAGCAUCAGAAAAAGAAGGAACCCACAGCUUGGUGUCAUUAACAUAAUUAUUUUAAGUCUUAUCCAGCAGGCAUAAUUUGAGUAACUCUAGGAGACCAGAGAGACUGUGGUUCCCUAUUUUAACCUCAAUUAUGUAUUUGUCCCCCAACCCCACUGAGAACUAAAUGCUGUACCACAGAGCCGGGUGUGAACUACAGUUUAGAAGGUUCAAGUUUCCAAUUAAAGUCAUGGAAGAAAACUUGAAA